GGAGGGGGCACUUCCGGGGGUCCUUCCCCUUUAACCUCCCCCUUCUCCUCCCUCUCCGGUAGCGGGAGCCCGACACCCCACCCCGGGGGCGGGGCCCUUGCAGUGACACGUCGGACAGCUGCGGCCGCGGCUGAGGCUCCAGUGCCGAGCGCAAGAACCCUGCGCAGCCCAGAGCAGCUGCUGGAGGGGAAUCGAGGCGCGGCUCCGGGGAUUCGGCUCGGGCCGCUGGCUCUGCUCUGCGGGGAGGGAGCGGGCCCGCCCGCGGGGCCCGAGCCCUCCGGAUCCGCCCCCUCCCCGGUCCCGCCCCCUCGGAGCCUCCUCCGGCUGCUCUGGGGCUUCGCCGGGGCCCGGGACCCGCGGUCAGGGCGCCAUGCGGGCAUCGCUGCUGCUGUCGGUGCUGCGGCCCGCAGGGCCCGUGGCCGUGGGCAUCUCCCUGGGCUUCACCCUGAGCCUGCUCAGCGUCACCUGGGUGGAGGAGGCGUGCGGCCCAGGCCCGCCCCAACCUGGAGACUCUGAGCUGCCGCCGCGCGGCAACACCAACGCGGCGCGCCGGCCCAACUCGGUGCAGCCCGGAGCGGAGCGCGAGAAGCCCGGGGCCGGCGAAGGCGCCGGGGAGAAUUGGGAGCCGCGCGUCUUGCCCUACCACCCCGCACAGCCCGGCCAGGCCGCCAAAAAGGCCGUCAGGACCCGCUACAUCAGCACGGAGCUGGGCAUCAGGCAGAGGCUGCUGGUGGCGGUGCUGACCUCUCAGGCCACGCUGCCCACGCUGGGCGUGGCCGUGAACCGCACGCUGGGGCACCGGCUGGAGCGUGUGGUGUUCCUGACGGGCGCACGGGGCCGCCGGGCCCCACCUGGCAUGGCGGUGGUGACGCUGGGCGAGGAGCGACCCAUCGGGCACCUGCACCUGGCGCUGCGCCACCUGCUGGAGCAGCACGGCGACGACUUUGACUGGUUCUUCCUGGUGCCUGACACCACCUACACCGAGGCGCACGGCCUGGCACGGCUAACUGGCCACCUCAGCCUGGCCUCCGCCGCCCACCUGUACCUGGGCCGGCCCCAGGACUUCAUCGGCGGAGAGCCCACCCCCGGCCGCUACUGCCACGGAGGCUUUGGGGUGCUGCUCUCGCGCAUGCUGCUGCAGCAACUGCGCCCCCACCUGGAAGGCUGCCGCAACGACAUCGUCAGUGCGCGCCCUGACGAGUGGCUGGGUCGCUGCAUUCUCGAUGCCACCGGGGUGGGCUGCACCGGUGACCACGAGGGGGUGCACUAUAGCCAUCUGGAGCUGAGCACUGGGGAGCCAGUGCAGGAGGGGGACCCUCGUUUCCGAAGUGCCCUGACAGCCCACCCUGUGCGUGACCCUGUGCACAUGUACCAGCUGCACAAGGCUUUCGCCCGAGCUGAACUGGAACGCACGUACCAGGAGAUCCAGGAGUUACAGUGGGAGAUCCAGAAUACCAGCCGUCUGGCCGUUGAUGGGGACCGGGCAGCUGCCUGGCCCGUGGGCAUUCCAGCACCAUCCCGCCCGGCCUCCCGCUUUGAGGUGCUGCGCUGGGACUACUUCACGGAGCAGCAUGCUUUCUCCUGCGCCGAUGGCUCACCCCGCUGCCCACUGCGUGGGGCUGACCGGGCUGAUGUGGCCGAUGUUCUGGGGACAGCUCUAGAGGAGCUCAACCGCCGCUACCACCCGGCCUUGCGGCUCCAGAAGCAGCAGCUGGUGAAUGGCUACCGACGCUUUGAUCCAGCCCGAGGUAUGGAAUACACGCUGGACUUGCAGCUGGAGGCACUGACCCCCCAGGGAGGCCGCCGGCCCCUCACUCGCCGAGUGCAGCUGCUCCGGCCGCUGAGCCGCGUGGAGAUCUUGCCUGUGCCCUAUGUCACUGAGGCCUCACGUCUCACUGUGCUGCUGCCUCUAGCUGCGGCUGAGCGUGACCUGGCCCCUGGCUUCCUGGAGGCCUUUGCCACUGCAGCACUGGAGCCUGGUGAUGCUGCGGCAGCCCUGACCCUGCUGCUACUGUAUGAGCCGCGCCAGGCCCAGCGCGCGGCCCAUGCAGAUGUCUUCGCACCUGUCAAGGCCCACGUGGCAGAGCUGGAGCGGCGUUUCCCCGGUGCCCGGGUGCCAUGGCUCAGUGUGCAGACAGCCGUACCCUCACCACUGCGCCUCAUGGAUCUACUCUCCAAGAAGCACCCGCUGGACACGCUGUUCCUGCUGGCCGGGCCAGACACGGUGCUCACGCCUGACUUCCUGAACCGCUGCCGCAUGCAUGCCAUCUCCGGCUGGCAGGCCUUCUUUCCCAUGCACUUCCAAGCCUUCCACCCAGCUGUGGCCCCACCACAAGGGCCUGGGCCCCCAGAGCUGGGCCGUGACACUGGCCGCUUUGAUCGCCAGGCAGCCAGCGAGGCCUGCUUCUACAACUCUGACUACGUGGCAGCCCGUGGGCGCCUGGCGGCAGCCUCAGAACAAGAAGAGGAGCUGCUGGAGAGCCUGGAUGUGUACGAGCUGUUCCUCCACUUCUCCAGUCUGCAUGUGCUGCGGGCGGUGGAGCCGGCGCUGCUGCAGCGCUACCGGGCCCAGACGUGCAGCGCGAGGCUCAGUGAGGACCUGUACCACCGCUGCCGCCAGAGCAUGCUUGAGGGCCUCGGCUCCCGAACCCAGCUGGCCAUGCUACUCUUUGAGCAGGAGCAGGGCAACAGCACCUGACCCCACCCUGUCCCCGUGGGCCAUGGCAUGUCCACACCCCACCCCACUCCUCCCCCAAAACCAGAGCCACCUGCCAGCCUCGCUGGGCAGGGCUGGCCGUAGCCAGACCCCAAGCUGGCCCACUGGUCCCCUCUCUGGCUUUGUGGGUCCCUGGGCUCUGGACAAGCACUGGGGCAGGUGCUCCCAGAGCCACCCCCUUCUCGUCCCAAACCCAGUUUCCCUGCCCCCUGACGCUGCUGAUUCGGGCUGUGGCCUCCACAUAUUUAUGCAGUACAGUCUGCCUGACGCCAGCCCUGCCUCUGGGCCCUGGGGGCUGGGCUGUAGAAGAGUUGUUGGGGAAGAAGGGAGCUGAGGAGGGGGCAUCUCCCAACUUCUCCCUUUUUGACCCUGCCAAAGCUCCCUGCCUUUAAUAAACUGGCCAAGUGUGGA